UGCUGAUAAAAUAUCGCCUCUCAUGAUGAGUUGAUGAGUCAACUGCAUAGAGCAAGUCUGAAUAGAUACUCCUAACUACUAGAUAUACUGUAGAUCAACCAAAGAGCUUAAAUCUACAUGGGCUGUGCAAUACAAAAUCUAUCUGCAUACCAUGAAGACACGCUUCACGUCCAACUGAUCUUCCCAGAUGUCCCAGAUCAUCCGAAGACCCUGCAGAGAAUACAAAGCUAUAAUUCGGUCAUUGAGAAACUACCGACGCAGAACCAUUCUAGGGAGAAGAACGCAAUUAGAACCGGAAGUGGCAACGUCACGGGUUAUCCGCGCAAGAGCAACUUAUUGGGCAUCGGCUCGAAAUUGCACGGGAGCUGGUGGGAACCAACAUGAGAACAUCAAAUUCCGCUUCAAAAUACAUGCCCGCACGCCCACUAUAUUCCAAGCAACUUCCCUCGCAACAGGGAUCCUCCCAUUCUGCUCAACUCAUCCAACCCGGUUGUGUCUCCCAUUCUCUGUUCCAGGUCGUGCCGCAACGGACAAAAGACAAGGCACCGGGAAAAGUUCAUCCCCGAUGCUUCCUGCUUCGCCUGUUUGAUGCAGGCCCAGGCCCAACAAAUGUAGCGGGUCUCCACCGCACAAGGGCACCGGAGUGCAAGCCAUGUGCGAUGGGCCGUGGUCGGGAUGUGAAGAUC